GCAGCCGCUGGAAGCUUCUUGGAGGCCCAAAGUGAAACAGAGGUCCAGCUGCUAGGACUUCACGCCAACAAGGAAGAUGCUGUUCCAUUUUUUCUCCCUUUCUUUCUUUCUUCUCUUAGCCAAACCCAGACGACCUCGAAGCGUAGCUGAAUACUCCCAGAACAAGGCAUACCUUUGCCAAUCGAUGAAGGACUUUGAGAUGGAUUUGGAGAUGCAACAUGACUUGGAGAUGGAGACGAGCCUGGGUCUUUGUCAAAACAGAAUUUCUCAACCAUUGAAGCUUGCAAUUGGCUUUAUCGCUUCUUAGUGAGAAAAAAAUUGGGGUAUUCACCACUUAGGAGUUUGCUUCUUCACCUUUUGAUGUUCGAUUUGGCUUCUGCGUUUUAUUGAACAAAUGGUGUGCUUCAAAUCGCCGUCAAAUUAGUAGCAAAAUUCCCGCCUUUGAUCACAACUCAGGUGUUAUUGGAGGGACAGUUCUUGCUGACAUAGAGUGAUAAUGGUUCUUCUUUUGUUUUUCAAUUGUGAUCAAUAAAGGAACAUGUUCUUUGUCUCCAUCCGACUUUGUUUUCCUUGGCUAGAAUACAUCUCCAGCAAUUGCCUUCAUAUUUUAUAUUUGUUUUUCUUUAUGUGCCAAUACCUUUUGGAGGAGUUUAAACAAAACAUUUCCCUUAGCCAAUACGUAGCUUUGCAAGGGAUAAUCUUGUUCAUGUUUUGUUAAUAUGCAAAGUCCAAAACUUGUUUCCUUUCAAUAACUUGGUCACCAUUUUGACGUAAAAGCCCUGCAUUAUAUAAAUGCAAAGCUUUGCUGCAACUUCAUUAUAUUAUUGAUUUGAUAGAGCAACUUGUAACAGGUCUUGCAGGACUUUUGUUUAGCUCAUUUUGUUAUGUUGGUGUGCAGGUAGAGCUUCGGUAGUGACCACUGAGAAAGAAUAUAUUUCAAGCUUGCCUUAUAUUUGGGGAAAAAGCUUUGCCUCCAGAAGUAACGGCUUCUGUAAUUGUUUUGAUAUGUACAAACAAUGCCUUUGGUCUUUAUGAACAUGGCAUUGCAUUGCAUUUGCACCAUCAACUGUCUGAUAACGCCACCACCACAAGUAGCCAAAUAUAAUGGCUCUUAUUUUAUCAGUUGCUUUUAAUUUCACUCAUGGCAGUAACAAAGACAUGUUUAAAUAAGCUUCCCCCUUGUCUUGGACUAUCUUCCCCAAGAGGUGAUUUUUGUCGUCAUCUUUCAAUAGGCAGGUUGAACUGCAUUGUUGUAGCUUUUUGGUCAUAUGUUUUCCCUUCCUUCUUUAACUUUUAUUUUGAGAGAAAACCCACCAAGCUUGUUUUUGAGAUCAAGACAGCAGAGUCGAAGUUUCAGGGACUCUUUUGCCCAGAUUUUUUUGGACGCAAUAUGAUAGUCGGUGAAGAUUGGAAGAGAUGGGUGCUUUUGAACUCUGUUUGACUGACAUUCCUUGCGGAUUUGUUGCAGGUUUCGGUCAAGGCAAUUUUGAGCAGAGUAGUUUUGUGGUGCUGCUGGAACUUUAAAGAACAAGGAACCGUUGCUGGGGUUUUAAAGACCAACAGCCAUCGCUGGUAUUUGGAGGGCCAACAUGGUGCCUGAAGGUAUCGCCGGAGCUCGACAACGAUACGGCACCCUAAGGUACGCCAUGUCGGAGCUUGAGGAUGAUAGGCACCCUAAGGCACGCCUGGUGGAGCUUGACGACAUCGACACCCUAAGGCACGCUGUGUCAGAGCUCGAGGAUAAUACGGCACCCUAAGGCACGCUGUGUCAGAGCUCGAGGAUAAUACGGCACCCUAAGGCACGCCGUGCUGGAGCUCAACGACAGUAUCGGCACCCUAAGGCACGCCGUGUUGGAGCAUAUGUGAUAUUGAUACCCUACGGUAUCGCUGGAGACCCGCAUCAAUUGAGAACAGCAAACGAAAAGAAGGCCAGGCAUUUGCAGAAUAUGAAGAACAAGCUCAUACUUCGGUGAGUGGAGACAAAUCAUAUAAGGGGGAGGCUAGUUUGCGGAACAAGAAAAAUAUCACUAAUCAUAAUAAAAGGAAAAUGGGUGAGUUGAGACUUGGCGUUAAUUAUGGCGGAAAGUGGGUUGGUUCUGUCUACAUCGGUGGUAGUUCAGAAGAAAUCGUGGUUUCAGAAGACAUUACUUAUAAUGAGCUUCUAGAUCAACUGUAUCAUAUUGUUGGAGCCCAAAUGAAAAUGAGAUCAAGAUCAGUACGAUCGAUGAAUCAAAAUCACCGGCUUAUCCUGCGGAGAUAAUCAAUGAUGAUGACCUCAAAAAUUUUAUUGAUCAGAGCAUUUCUUCCGAUAUGCACUUGAAGCAUCCAUUGCCGAAUUCCUCUGGAAGCAGGAGUAUUGAAGUUAGAGUUUUGGUUAACUAUGAUGGGGAGUGGGUGAAUUCUACAUAUGUCGGUGGCAAAACUAAAGGAAUAAUAAUCUCAGAGGACAUUACGUAUCAAGAACUUGUUGAUAGAGUGAGUGGUGUUGUGGAAGUUGAUUCAAAUGAAUAUAAGUUGAUUCUGAAGACUGCAUAUAAAUCAAAUCUACCUACUCAACCUGUGGAGAUAAUCGAUGAUGAGGGCCUUGCAUUUUUUAUCCACGAUGAGAAUCUUUCACUGGGUAUGAGCUCCAUAUUUACUUUGUGCACUACUCUUGAAAGACAGGCAUUUCCUAAUGGAAGGAUGGAGUCAUCACAAAGUGGUACAACACAUCUUAGAAGAUUUGGUACCUAUCCGAGUUGCGUUCAUUGUGUGACACCUGAUCAGGUGCCUCAUCUUCAUACUCAAGUUGGACCAUCGUCACCAAAUGUGCCUUGUAUGCAGCAGCAGCAACAACAUUCUUACCAACAGACGACGUUGCAGCCUUGCUACGAGCACUAUCAACCAUCCUUUCAGCAGCCACAGCCUCUGUACCAACAGCUUCAUCCUUUCUACGUGCAGCAGCAGCCUCAGUACCAACAGCCGAAUCCUUCCUACAUGCAGCAGCCGCCGCCAAUCCAUCAAGUGCCUUACUCGCUCAAGAUGUUCUGGAAUGAUGCAACCCAAAUGUUUCAAGAUUUCAACUUUUGGCAAUUUAGUUUCGGCAUCAUUUUUUUAGGAAAUAUUUUCUAUUUCUUAAGGCUUGGUAGAAAUAAUUAGCAAA